GGGGGGAGUAUGAAGCACCAUGGUGUGGUGCGACCGUGGGGUCCAGUUGCUGCUGACCACGGUGGGUGCCUUCGCCGCCUUCAGCCUCAUGACCAUCGCCAUCGGCACCGACUACUGGCUUUACUCGAGCGCCAACAUCUGCAACGGGACCAACAUCACCACGGACGAGACGUCGCCAACCCAACCCAAGAAACUCAAGGGGGACCUAACCCACUCCGGGCUCUGGAGGAUCUGCUGUAUUGAAGGGAUAUAUAAAGGACACUGUUUUCGAAUUAACCACUUCCCUGAAGACAAUGAUUAUGAUCAUGACAGCUCUGAAUACCUUCUCCGUAUUGUCCGGGCCUCCAGCGUGUUUCCGAUUCUAAGCACAGUAUUACUGUUGCUGGGAGGGCUCUGCAUCGGAGCUGGGAGGAUUUAUAGCAGCAAGAACAACAUUAUCCUCAGCGCUGGGAUUCUUUUUGUUGCAGCAGGAUUAAGUAACAUAAUAGGAAUCAUUGUCUACAUAUCCAGCAAUGCGGGUGAUCCUAGUGACAAGCGGGAUGAGGACAAAAAGAACCAAUACAAUUACGGCUGGUCUUUUUAUUUUGGAGCCUUGUCUUUCAUUGUGGCAGAAACAGUUGGCGUCCUGGCUGUGAACAUCUAUAUUGAAAAGAACAAGGAGCUAAGGUUUAAGACCAAGAGGGAGUUCCUUAAGACCACUUCUUCUUCUUCCCCUUAUGCCAGGAUGCCAAGCUAUAGGUACAGGAGAAGGCGGUCCAGAUCUAGUUCUCGAUCUACAGAGCCUUCUCCAUCCAGGGAUGUUUCGCCCGUUGGCCUGAAAAUGGCAGGUUCCAUUCCCAUGAACGAAAUCUCCAUGUACACGCUCUCCAGGGAGCCCUUGAAGAUCACCACGGCCGCAAGCUACAACAUGGAGCAAGAUGCGGGUUUUCUUCAAGUUCACAAUUUCCUUCAAAAGGAAUACAACGAAGGACUUCAUAUCAACAUGGUCAACAGGAGAACAACGCCUGUUUGAAAAGGGGACUGUUUGCUUUUCUUAAAACU